AGUGCAUCUCAAGAUGGAAUUCUCGAAUCUUCCAAGCGAUAUCCUCUUGGGUAUUAUGGGAUUCCUCGAGAUAGAGGAUCAAUUUCAUUUAGGCCUGUGCUGCAAACGCCUUAAUUUCUUUCUUGACGAUAAGAUAUGUCGGCAGAAUCUUUUGACCUAUGCACCAUUCUCCGUCAACCCGGGUUCAGAUGCUAGAGCUUGGAGGUCUCUUAUAAAGCGGACUAUUGCAGUGAAGACAGCUCGUCCAUGGUUGCUGUCUGCGAUUGCUGUUUGCACUAGCUUUAUCUACAACGAUAGCGUCGUGGUGUAUUGUGUUGGGCAAACUAUACGAACUCUCCGUCUUCAAGGAUCUGUCACAGAAGAGAUAGCUAUCGAUCUGCAAAGAAUGCUCCAAGCUACUCAUUUAGAUGGGUUUAUAUUGGAGGGAGUCGAACUGUUGCACUAUGCGUGUGGUUUUGUCUCUUGCUUAUUACAAGGCGAGAACACACAAUACUGGCUUAUCUCAUGCCAUGCUGAGCGGGAGGUGGUCCGAUUGUGCGAG